GCCAGGAUUAAAGUGUCAAAAUGAAUAUAUUUAUGUGUAUAUAUAUAUAAAAGUAUAUUAAUAACAAAUAUAAAUUGUAAAAUGUAUGUCUUCAAACCGUUUGUGUUAACGGAAUGCGACAGUCCAAGUGAAACUAAACCGACACCCAGAACAUUUCCGACGAUAUUUUGCAAUGAAAAAUAUCUGUACUCAUUCAGCGGAUACAAGUACACUUUAAAUAGGUACACUGCCACAGAUUAUGACGACGCGAGAAUAAUUAAAGAAAUUUGGAAAUUUAAUUUGGCAACAAGGAAAUGGAGCUGCUUACCAGAGCAGCGAUUUUUACCCAGCAACAACGAAAUAAUUCUUGGCAUGACAUUUAAAUCAGACAAACUUAUCGUAAUUUCGUGGAACAAGUGCCAGUCAAAAGGUUACCUGUACACGCACAAUUUAAAAAAUGAACAUGAGGUAGAGAAAAUGACCACCAAGGGCCCGCUGCCCAAGCGAUUCUUCUCCCAUAAUUUUAUAAGCCACGGGUCUUAUUUGUAUACUAUCGGAAACGAUCGUGGGUUGGGAGUCUUCAGAAUAGACCCAGAGACUGGGAUAUGGGAAAAGUUGUCUCCAGAAAAUGGUGAUGACUUCCCUGGGUACUAUGAUGACAUCGAGCUGGCAUAUGAUGGCAAAAAAAUUUAUGUGAUAUUUGUAAAAAUACGAGGGGAGAGAUUCCGCGAGCUCAAGACAAUACAGGCCUAUGACAUUGAACAGAAUCGCUGGUAUAUCUUGGAUACUACCGGAGAUCUUGAUAAUGAGAAACCCUUUCCUGAUAUCAGGAUUAAUUUCGGAAUCGCUCAUAUUGUAGAUCUGGAAAGUAAAGACACGAAUAUUGUUAUUUCUGGAGGAACGAUGGACAAGAGAAUUUAUGAUGACAUUUGGCGACUGAGUUUGUCUACACUGCAGUGGACUUGUUUGAAUAAAUUCGGGUCCACUCUUCCUCAAGCUAUUUGCGAACAUGACGCGACCGCUUCCCUUGAUGGCAAGAUGUACAUCUUCGGUGGAAGGAUCAAGAAAAAAAAUAACAGAUUAAGUGAAAUUAAUAAUCUUUACUCCACUUGGCUCCGGAUACCAAAACUCACGGACAUCUGCUGGGAAGCUGUUAAUUUUUAUUACAGAGAUUUAAAUACAAAAACAGAUGAAGAAUUGUUUGAACUCGGACUGCCCCUUAAAUUCGUAAAGUCUAGAUGCCAUUGAAUUUAUUAUUAUUUUAUAUACAAAAAUUAGGGGUGUGCGAUAGUUUGAACUUACGAAUUAUUCAUAUCGAAUCGAACUAUUUGAUUUAAACUCCGAAUCGAAUAAUUCAAAUUAUUUGUAAGCUUACGAAUAAUUCAAAAGUUAGCAAAUAAUUUCUAAAUUUUAUUUUUAACGACUGGAAAUUAGAAUAUUUUUUCUAAUAAUUCAAAUUUUUAGCAGAGGUAUUCUGACACAAAUCUGUGAAAAAAUUAUUUUUAGUUACUUUAGAAAACUAAACUCUAUUAAAUAAAAGUUGAAUACUUGAAGCUGAUGAAAAUUUUCACGAUUCGAAUCGAGUAGUUUGAAAAGUUACAAAUAAUUUAAAAUUUCUCAGAAAAGUCGAAAAUUGACGGAUAAUUACAAAAUUUUCCAAUUCGAUUCGAAUGAUGCUGAAGUUUGUGGACGAUCAACAAUUUUCGAAAUUUUUUAUUCAACAGACCAAAUACAAAAAAAAAAAAACUACAAAAAUGCACAUGUAGAAAAUAAAAAAAACUAAACGUGCAAUUUUUUUAAAUAUAUUUUUUUUUUGAUUUAUCGUCUUAAAAAAAAAGAAAACAAAAACUAUCAGACGUCGACUAACUUCAGUAUUUUGAAAACACCCCUAGUAAAAACUCAACUAUUUUGUAAGCAUG